AUGCUCGCCCUUGUGCAUUCAUUUGCGACUCGCAGCUUGUCUAGGCUCUUGAAGUUUUUGCUUAGCAGGGGCCCCCUUCGAUUCAGAGGCUCUCCGCCUCUGGCGAUUUUGCUCUCAGGACCCCUUUGCCACACACCAAAGCUCGCGGCACCGAUGGUCCUGGGCCUGUUGCUCUCGGACUUACAUCGCCUCUUCCUGCAUGACCAAGUCUAUGUCAUCGUGCAGGCCACGGUCUUCCUCCCCAUUUCACUGGUCAUUUGCGCGGUCGAGUGGAGCAGAGGGACGAGGACAAAGCCGCAGCUUUCCAUAGCAGGUGAUGCUCGAGAUCAGCAUGCGGCGCGCGUUGCCAAAAUAUCUGCGGAUGUGAGGAGUCAGGCAAAAGAGGGUGGGCUUUUCACCUCCCGGCCAGAUCGGGAACGGAUCAGCUCGCGGAUCAUGCCUCCGCGCAAGCGGACGGUCGACACCAGUCAGCUGAAGAACAUCAUCGAGGUUGACACCGAGAAAGGAGUCGUCUACGUGGAGCCACGCCUGCGAAUGGUGGAGCUGUCCCACUACCUCCUCAGGCAAGGCUAUACGGUCCCUUGUGUGCCGGAGCUCGAUGACCUGACGGUUGGUGGGCUCCUCAUGGGUUGCGGGAUCGAGUCGACCUCGUGGAAGUACGGGAUGUUCAACGAAAUCUGCAAUGCCUACGAACUUGUCAGCUGCACCGGCGAGGUUCUUCAGGUCACGCCGGAGAGUGACAAGGAGCUGUUCUACACGCUGCCGUGGAGCCACGGCACCCACGGCAUCCUAGUUGCGGCUACGCUCCGCAUCAUUCCAGCGAAGCCCUUCGUGAAGCUGGAGCUGACACAUUGCGCAGACCGAGACACCCUCUGCGAGAAGCUGCAGAAUGCUGUCGCAGCAGGGGACCACGAAUUUGUAGAGGGCCUCGCCUUCAACCCAAAGUCCGCGGUCGUCAUGAAGGGCUCCUUUGCGGAUGCUCCGAAAGGCGACAGCCCGGUGCUUUCACUGGGCCGUUGGUAUGACCGGUGGUUCUUCAAGCAGGUCGAAGAGCUGAAGAAUGGUCAGGUCUACAUGCGCACGGACGAGUACUUGCACCGGCAUUCCAAAAGCAUCUUUUGGGAGCUGUCUUAUCUCCAGCCCUGGGGGAACACACCGCUGUUCCGCUAUCUCCUGGGCUGGGUCAAUCCCUUGAAUAUUGCCUUGGUGAAGUCAUACCAGCCCGAAUUCACCAUGAGGUACUACUGUGAUGUCAAUGUCAUCCAGGAUUACUUGGUCCCAAUUACCGAGCUGAAGCCCAUGCUCGACUUGGGCGACGAAGCUCUAGGUGUGUAUCCCAUAUGGCUAUGUCCCUACCUGAACAAGCACCACGAGGUUGUCUCCAUACACCAUCCACACUCCAAAGACAAGGAUGUUAUGUACAUCGAUGUUGGCUACUACGGCCUUCCGUCAGUGCGGGGCUUCGACAUGAAAAGCGCCCUGCGACGGAUCGAGGAGUGGCUAAUUCCUCGAAGAGGCUUUGUGAUGCUCUACGCUUUGCAUACCCUGAAUUGCGAGGGCUUGCGGAAGAUGUUCAAUUUG